AUGAGUAUUUAUAACUUUAGCUUUAGUACGUCGGUGUCAAUCAGAUCAGCAGAUCUCAGUAAUUGCAAUAAACUGACAUUUCUCAAUGGAACAUUAUUUGAAUUUUGCAGUUUGAAAACAAUUUCACUUCCUAAAACCAUUAUAGGAAUAGGGGAUGGAUGCUUUUCUGGAUGCCUUCUAGAAACUAUAAAUUUUCCAAAAAGAUUGACAGUGAUUGAAUCAUAUGCAUUUUAUAAAUGUCAACUAACAAACAGAACUUUACCAGAAAAUUUAACUUAUAUAGCAGAUGGUUUAUUUUAUGAAUGUCCACUAACAAGCAUCAUUUUUCCAGAAAAUAUAACUUAUAUAGGAGAUAGUUCAUUUUAUGGGUGUAGACUAACAAACAUCAUUUUACCAGAAAAUUUAACUUAUAUAGGAGAUAAAUCAUUUUGUGGUUGCUCACUUACGAAUAUCGUAAUUCCAGAAAAAGUUACAUAUAUUGGGAAUUAUUCAUUUGCAGGAUGUCGACUUACUAAUUGCACAAUCUUAGCAAAUAUAACAUCUAUUGGAUAUAGGGCAUUUUCAUAUUGUUCAAUCAAAAAUAUUACAAUUCUAUCUAUGAUAGCUAAAAUUGGAAAUAAUGUAUUUGAAGAUUGCAGAUUAUUAACAAACGUCUUAAUUCUCGGAAAUUUAGCAUCUCUUGGAGAGAGAACCUUUUAUUUAUGCACGAGCUUAACAAAUAUCACAAUAACUAGUUGUUUAACAUAUAUUGGAAUAGAAGCAAUUCCGGAUUCGAUUGCAAUCAAAGAUAUAACAUUUCGAGUGAGUUCUGCAAUUAUUUCAUAUAAUGCAUUUCGCGAAUACACAAACUUAACAAGUGUCACAUUGAUAGGAGAUGUAAAAUCAAUUGGCGGUGCUGCAUUUUCUAAUUGCAUAUCAUUAAUAAAUUUCACAAUAACAGGAAUUGUGAAAUCAAUUGGCGGUGCUGCAUUUUUUAAUUGCACAUCACUCACAAAUUUAUCAUUCACAUCGAAUUAUGCACCUAUUGGAAAUUAUGCAUUUUGGAAUUGUACAUCAUUAAAGUAUAUUUCACCAAUAUGGAGUGUAACAUCUAUUGGAGAUUAUGCAUUUUCAUAUUGCAAAAACAUAACAAAUAUCACAUUCACUGGAUGUUUAACUUACAUUGGAGAUCGUGCAUUUGAUACUUGUCGAUCGUUAUCAUGUAUUACAUUCCUAAACAAUAUCAAUGUAAUUUCAGUUGGAAACUUUAUAUUUUAUGAUGAAAAUGGUGUUCCGUUUGGUAUGGAUCCAAAAAAUAUCUCCAUUCCUGGAAAGUUUUUAAUUUAUAUUGGUAAUCAAGGUUAUUUCCAAUUUAGAUACGGAAGUCACCUAUUUGUAACACGUCGAACAAUUUUAACAGAUUCAAUAAAAAAUCUUUUUGAUAGGAAAUCAACUUAUGUUCAUUAUGAUAACAGAGCAGGUCUUUCUGAUCAAAAAACGAUUGAAAUUCUUCAAUACAUCUCUAUUGAUGACAUCACAAUUCCUUAUGUUCCUAUAACAAUCAAUAACAACGUAUAUUAUAAAUCUAAUUAUAUCCGCCUCUCUCUUACUAUCACGCUUAACACACGUCCUGUUAAUUGA